UAUGACUGGACUAAAUUUUUCAGUCUGGUAAGAAUUUCGUCAAACGCAGGAUUGUGUUUUUGAAAGUGAGUCGAGAUGGCAAGCCAGACCCAAGGAAUCCAACAGCUUCUAGCUGCAGAAAAACGUGCAGCUGAAAAGGUGUCCGAUGCCCGCAAACGUAAAGCAAGGAGGCUUAAGCAGGCCAAGGAAGAAGCUCAAGAGGAAAUCGAGAAGUACCGCAAAGAUCGUGAACGUCAGUUCCGCGAAUUCGAAGCAAAACACAUGGGAUCCAGGGAGGAUGUUGCCUCUAAAAUUGAGCAAGAUACCAAGCUGCGCAUCGCAGACAUGAACAAGGCUGUAAUCAGUCAAAAGGCUCCUGUUAUAAAGGAGGUCCUUUCUCUUGUUUAUGAUAUCAAGCCAGAGAUCCACAAGAACUACCGCGCAUAAAUUGUUCAGUAUUUCAGUACACGUUAUUACUUAAAUUGGUAUAUGUGGUUAGUUGUCAUUCCAUUUGUUCUGUAAUUUAAAACAAAGUUUUUUAGAUAUUCGUUAUACUCACGCAAAAAAAGAAAUGCAAUACUAUUACUACUUACUAAACUUUAUUGUAAUGGAUUGUAAUAUUGUGAAUAAAAGAACUUAAUGUUUA